GAUGGCAGCCCUCGGAAAUCGUCGUGUGUGUCCGCCGUUUCUACGCGACGACGAUUUCGAAUGAAAAGCAUCAUCAUUCGAUAUACGAUAACUUACCAUAUACUUUCAGAAUAUUUUAUUUUUGAAAUGACAAUCAAUUUUUUUCAGUUAUUCAGCGUCACCUGCCGAAGUCGGAAAUCAGAUCAACAUGCUGAAAACGAUUUUAUGAAUAAAAUUGAGACGAAUGUUCCCCUUUAUUGUAACCUUCUAUAUGACCACCUGUCGUUUGUUUUACCAUUUGACAGCUCCGCGGUCAUAUUCACUCCGAAUCGAUUGACGCUGCGAACGCUCUUUGAUAAUGGCAACAGAAAAGGACUUGAUCAAUGCUGUGAGAGAUUCUCUGGAGGCUGACGGCAAGCUGGGAAGCAUGAAGGCAGAAAUGCGCACAGAAGUAAUGAAGCUUCUGGAUGGGUCAAGCAAAAAUCAAAAAUCCACCCGUCCGCAUCCUCCGCACGAUAUUUUGGUCCUUAAUGAAUUAAUUCGCGAAUACCUGGAUUGGAUUGGCUAUAAGUACACUUCGACAGUAUUGAUGGCAGAAUGUGAGCUCCCAAAGCAGCCGAUAGAGCGGACUUUCUUAGCACAAGAUUUGGGAGUAAAGGAGAACGACAAGACGAAGAGUUCACCUUUGCUGAUUAGUCUUGUGGAGACCUUUAAGACUCUCAAGAAUACUUGAGACCUUUUGAAUUUACUUGAGAUAUGAAACCGUGCUAUAUUUUCUUAUUGUGUAUUUAUAAUCAUUUUAUAAUAAAAGUGGUAUUUCCCAAUCGCAUGGCAA